AAUAUGAAUAUCCGCGGAGGGAUCCUGGAUCCUGCUCCAAAAUGAAAAAACGAUAAUAAAUACUUAUAAGCAGAAAAGAUCAAAUCCCAUAGAAUUUUCCAGAACGGUUAUAACGAUAACAAAAGUCAUCUUCUGGAAUAGCUCACGCGUGAAUAUCGCGAAGCUGCAAUUCUCGUAAUUUAUUCGAUUUCCAGUAUACCGUAUUCCAGAUAGGCCGAUGAAUUUCCCGUCCAAUCGGAGCAUCGGCUUAGCAGAAUCUAACCUAUGCCUUAUUGUGUGUCCCUGAACCCUGAAGACGGCAAAAGCUCGGAAGAGCCCAGAGAAGCCGAAGACUGAUACUUAUAUUAUAAGCGUACACUGCUGCGCGAGACAUACGUAUAAUUAAAAGGCUACGCGCAACUGCACUACGCUGAAACGCGAGGAACGAGCUCGACGUGUAAUUUUCCAGGAUCGUCGUCGCAAUGAGCAACGCGCACUCGACUUUUCCGCAUACGAGUUGACAGUUCUUGCGAGUGUCGUGCACCUGCAGUCCUCCGAGGAUACAUUGCUUUUUAUCUUCAAUCGCGAGGAGCACCUAGUAGUAUCUAAGAGUCGGUCAGCUGCUGCUGGCUGUGCUGCAUCUGUAAAUAUAGGAGAGGAGGCUGAAAGGGCUACACGUCACAUUCCAGGCAGUUCUCUCGAUUGUUGGCCUGACUUUGUUGAUAUUAAUACCUAUAAUUAAAGAUUUGAAAGAUGGCUGCAAGCACAGAUGUUUACGAUGAUCUUUAUUUAUAUGCCACUCCAGACAAAUUUUACAUAGAACCUGUGAGAACAAAAAUCUUACUUGUUAUAGAUAGGACAAGUCAUCAGAUUUAUACUCAAGUUUCAAAUCCUAGUCAAAUUCCUCAGACUGCUAGUCGCAGGAAAAUAUGGGGUAUUAUAGGAAUCGUUCGGCUGUUAGCUUGCCCUUACUUAAUAGUUAUAGACGAUGCACAAAAAGUUGGUACCUUAGCAAAUCAAGACAUUUUCAAAAUUGUUUCUACCUUUAUAAUACCCUACACAAGAUCAAUGACCCAUUUGGAUGAAAAGCAGAUUCGCAACAACAAUACCUAUUUGGAAAUGAUAAAGUCUGUGUUGAGUACACCUCAUUUUUACUUUAGUUAUGCGUAUGAUCUAAGCUGUACAAUGCAAAGGCUUCAUAACACACCACCAGAUUUCCUUCAGAUGCCACUACAUGAGAGGGCAGAUUCUAGGUUCAUAUGGAAUUCAUAUUUGCUACAACCUCUUGCAGCAAGACCAGAACAUCAUAAAUUCUGUCUUCCAAUCAUACAUGGCUUUGUUUCUUUGAACACUAUUGUGGUCAAUGGAACUCCAUUCAAUUGGGGUAUAAUAUCUAGACGCUCAAUUCAUAGAGCUGGUACAAGACUUUUUUCUCGUGGUAUUGAUAGUAAUGGAAAUGUUUCAAACUUUGUUGAAACAGAACAAAUUCUAGAAGUGAACGGUAGUAAGAGUUCAUUUGUUCAAACUCGUGGUUCAAUUCCUCUAUUUUGGCAACAAGCUCCCAAUUUAAAAUAUAAGCCAAAACCACAGAUAAUGCCAAAUGAAAAUCAUUUAGUAGCUUCUGCCAGACAUUUUGAGAGUCAAAUAUUCCAUUAUGGGAAACAAAUUAUAGUCAAUUUGAUUGAUCAGAAAGGUGCAGAGGCAACUUUGGAAAGGUCAUACAGGGAAAUUGUGCAAGAAUUGAAGAAUCAGAACAUAAGAUAUGAAGCAUUUGAUUUUCAUGCAGAAUGUCGAAAAAUGCAAUGGCAUAGACUGGAUAUACUAAUGGCUCGUCUUGCUCCUGAUCAAGAGCAAAUGGGUUACUUUUUGUUAACAAGAGAUGGAGUAUUAGUAUCUGUUCAAGAUGGCAUUUUUAGGACAAAUUGCAUUGACUGUUUAGAUAGAACAAACGUAGUACAGAGUAUGUUGGCCAAGAGGGUACUUUCAGAUGCUUUGUCCAAAUUGGAAAUUUUAAGGAAUGUAGAUGAGCAUCCUUCAGUUGAAUUUUUAUUCAAACAGGUUUGGGCUGACAAUGCUGAUGUCAUUAGUACUCAGUACUCUGGAACUAGUGCUUUGAAGACAGAUUUCACAAGAACAGGCAAGCGAACUAAGAUGGGAGCUAUGAGAGAUGGCAUGAAUUCUCUUACUAGAUAUUACAAAAAUAAUUUUGCUGAUGGUUUCCGACAGGAUUCUAUAAAUCUAUUUUUGGGAAGAUACAUGGUACAGGAAGGUGAAUGUUUAACCGUUUCAUGUCCAUUAGAAUCUGAAAGAAACUGGAGAUACGCAACAUUCCCACUAAUUCUCUUGGUGGCUUCUGCAAUGCUAGCUGCUCAAAUGAUUUUGCCUACGAGGUAUACAACAGAAAUCCUACUUUACAUGCUGUUUUGGGCAGCAAUGGUGGCUGGCACUUUCACGACAAUUGUUCACCAUGGCAAGCAAUAUGUUGACAAGCCUAAGCUAUUGUAAUAUUAGAGGUAAAUCUAAUGCAUCCAAAUUAUGUUAAAUAUAUAUUUUAUUUAAAUAUAUACCUUAAAGAAAAA